AUGAAGGUUUCUGCGUCUCUGGCGGCCGCUGCGGUGGCAGCUGCGGUGUCUGGAGGAGCUGUCGGUUCACCCGACGCGAGCCCAAAGCUUUCUGGGGAAAAAUUGGCAGAGUUGAUGCAGCUUAGUUUGACAGAAAUAAAAAACAGAAUGGGAAUUAUCUUUUCUAUGGUAGACACGAACGCAGACGGGCAGAUUACAGCAGAGGAGGCGCAGGCGUGGAGUACGCGCCUUAAGGAAGCUAUGCACAAGCACCAGGUUAAGCAGGAGUUCAUUUCAAUUGACAAAGAUAACGACGGAAAAAUUACAUUGGAAGAACUUGAGGUGACGUACACAGACGGCAGCGACCCCGCCAGUCAGGAGGCGCACAAGGAAGAUGUAAAGAAGAGGUUCGCCGCUGUGGACAAGGACCAAAGUGGCAAUUUGAGCCUUGAUGAGGUCACCAUCCUUAUGGAUCCAGGGAAGGACGAAGUGCUGAUGCAAAUUGAAGUAGAUGAGAUUAUGGCGGCGCAAGACAAGGACAAGGACGGUAGCAUCUCAUUGGAGGAGUUCCUUCAGAAUGAGGGUGGUACAUUAACUGAGCCCGAACGGGAGGAAUUAACUCGCGAGUUUUCUUCUUACGACAAAGACGGAGAUAAAAAGAUAGACGAGGCAGAGUUGCGUGCUGUUAUUCAAGAUCCGCAUGCACACGACUUGCAGCAGAUGAUGGAGACACUUAUGGCGGAGAUGGAGGACGGGAAGAUCACAAAGGACCAGUGGACCGAGAAGUUCGAAACAUUCGCUGUCUCCAUGCUGACAGACAACGGAGAACUCCUCCGCUUCCCUGAAGAAUACGAAGGCAUCGAUCUCCCCUUCAAGGGCAUCAGCGCCGGCCCGGGAGAGGAGGACGACCUGCAGCACGACGAGUUGUAA